AUGAUCUGGGAUGAAGAAUUGGAAAGUGAUCUUUUAUCUGAGGUGAAGGCUUUUAUCCCACAGGAAUAUGAACAAGAAAUUCUAUUCGAUGCUUUACGGAAAUAUCAAAAGUCCCUGGAUCUACCAACUUUAAUGUCAGACUUAAAAACUGUUAUCAAUGGACCAGAAAGAAUACUUCUCUAUGAAGAGAUACGGCCUUUGAUUCCUUUGAAGCAACAAAUGGAUUAUGAUUCACUAUGUCCUGUGCUUCCAUCUGAUACCUUGAAAGUGAUUCGUCUGCAAAGAUAUGGAAAUGAAAGUUUAGGUUUUGCAGUAAGAGGAGGACUGGAACAUGGAAUAGGAAUGUUUGUGUCUCAGGUCUCGCAACAAUCCCAGGCCUAUCAAAAAGGCCUCCGGAAGGGAGAUGAAAUUAUCCGUGUAAAUGGCUUUACAAUCAGUGAAGCAAUCCAUGAAGAGGUGUUAAGUUUAAUCAAGGCAAGGAAUGAAAUUGUCCUUAAAAUAAGACGCAUUGUCUUUCUCUCUUUGAUACUUUCUCCUUCUUUCUUUUCUCUUCUCUCUAUCUUUCUUUCUUUCUUUCGCUUCCUCUCACUCUCACUUGCUUUCUAUUUUGACCCUCUCCUCUCUAUUUCUAACACCAUUCCUUUUUUCCUCUCUCCCUCUCUAACACUUUUGCUUACCUUCUUCGCUCUUCAAUCACUGCCUAAUACUCUCUCCUACUAUUACUACUCUCUCUCCCAAACAUCUUCUCUCUAUUUCUUCUUAUUAUUUACUCUUUCUAACACUUGCUCUCCCAUUUUCCCCACAUCAAUCUCUCUCUAA